AUGUCUUUUUCAUUUUUACCUGUAAUUGAUCUUAAAUCAAAUCCGAAUGAUAUUCGUCAAUCUCUUUUAUUGGCUUGUUCAACAACAGGUUUCUUUUAUAUAUCAAAUCAUGGAUUAAAUUCGUUACAAAGUCGAAUGUUUUCUUUGACGAAAGAAUUUUUUUGUCUUUCUCAUAAUGAAAAACGUUUUUAUUCACCGAAUACAACAUCUUAUCAAGGUUAUUUAAAAAUUGGCCAUGAAAAUCUUGAUACAACUAAUUCUAAACUUCUUGAUGUAAAAGAAGGAUUUGCAAUUCGUCAAUCAAGUUUAAAUAAUAAAGAUAUGUUGCCUAAUAUAUUUUUUCAUGAGAAAAAUUUCAAAUUAAUCGAACAAUCUUUUCGACAAUGCUAUGAUCUUUGUAUGCGUCUAUUGGAAUACUUAGCUGAAAUAUUUCAAAUUGAUCGAGAUUAUUUUACAUUGAGACAUAAAUGA